CCCAACGCCAUCUUCCUCCAUCCCGUCAGUCCUUCGCUGUCGUCAAGCCCAACUUCAAGAUGGAUUCCGCCAAGCAGCCCGCUAAGCUCGUCAAGGUCACUCGUGUCCUCGGCCGUACCGGAUCCCGUGGUGGUGUCACCCAGGUCCGCGUCGAGUUCAUGGACGAUACCUCCCGCAGCAUCAUCCGUAACGUCAAGGGCCCAGUCAAGGUCGACGACAUCCUCUGCCUGCUCGAGUCCGAACGCGAGGCCCGCCGUCUCCGCUAAUUUCCUUUACCGCUCCGAGUUUUCUUAUCUUUUUCCCUCUCGAGGCUAUGUACCCUUGCUUGCGUUGGAAAUGAUUCUGGGAGGUCGGGAAGGCAAAAAUACUAUCUCAUGGGCUGAUGCGGCAUCCGGGUGGUGAAUCGGUUUCGUGUGUUUCUUUCUAUCCAUUCUGUCUGUGUGUCCAACAUACCGGGAUUCAAAUAGAGAGAGAGAAAACGAAAACAAGGAUAUCAACCGGAAAUACAAAAAACGAAGGAAAAAAAUUUGAAAUCCCA